AUGUCCGAGCUCUUAGCGUGGAGCGUGCACCUAAACCAUCAAGGAAAUCAACCUACCACAGAGCAAGAAACAUCGUUCACACCAGAUAUUCAGUUCAUGAAUCACCAGAACGCAGUUAUCGCACAACUCAUUGAAGAAAACAAGACCCAAGCCAGGCGCAUUACCGAGUUGGAGAAACGGAUGUCGGUUGGUAAUACUGCCGAAGCCAACAUGAAAGCUUUCCUUCGAGGGAGAGGCAUGAAGAGCAAAUUGGGGUCGGGGCUUCUCAAACAACUCCGUCUGCUUCAUCGUAACGGCGCUCUAAAAGAGCUUGGCGCUCGUCGACGUGGUGAGAGACCACACACAGCGCAAAUUCUGAACAUGACCGAAGCGAUUUUACCGAUAUCACCCAGCGUCGCAGAGGAGAAGUCUUCGUCGAUGAACUCGACAGCUACAAACACUGUCCCCGAUGCGAAGCCAUCCAGAGGAGAAGAAGCUGCCCAAGCGAAAUCGUCAAAUCGAGAAGAAGCCGGUGAAGGAAAGCCAUCCAGAAGGGAAGAAACUGCCGAAGAGAAAUCGUCCGAACGAGACGAAGCUGCUGAAAUGAAGCCAUCCAGAGGAGAAGAAACUGCCGAAGAGAAAUUGUCCGAGGGGGAAGAAGCCGCUGAAGAGAAGCCGUCACCGCGUGCUGAUAACGUGGUCGAUCUCACUUUGACCGACCAAGAGGAAAGCGAUGACGCCUUUGGUCGAGCAGGCCUUGGCACCUCCACCAGCAGCAGCGACAGUGAAACGGAGUGGCGACCGACAGCGUCAUUGGCUGCUCCACCGGUGUAUGACAUCCGUCGCAUCACGCACUCGUACAGGCGGAACGGUCGCCGAGUAUAA